AUGAAUUACACCUCAUUCAGCGGCGCGCCCCGCUUCCUGACUCGACCCAAGGCCUUCCUGGUGUCAGUAGGCAAGGAUGCCACGCUGAGCUGCCAAAUCGUGGGCAACCCCGUGCCGCAGGUGAGCUGGGAGAAGGACCAGCAGCCGCUGGACGUGGGUGCUCGCUACCGCCUGGCUCAGGAUGGCGACCUGUACCGCCUCACCAUCCUGGACCUCACGCUUGGCGACAGCGGGCAGUACGUCUGCCGUGCGCGCAACGCCAUUGGCGAGGCUUUUGCCGCCGUCAGUCUGCAGGUGGGCACAGACACCACGAUCGCUGAACAGGCGCCGCACUUUCUGCUGCGGCCGACGUCCAUCCGAGUAAGCGAGGGCGCCGAUGCCACGUUCCGUUGCCGCGUGCAGGGCAGUCCGCCGCCGGCCGUGAGCUGGGCCAAGGAUGGGCGCCGCCUGGGCGAACCCGCCGCGCCCGACGCCCACCGCGUGCAAGUGGAAGCUGACGGCGAGGCGAGUGCGCUGCGCAUUCGCGCCGCGCGGCCCAAAGACGGCGGCACCUACACAGUGCGGGCUGAGAACCCUCUGGGGGCCGCCAGCGCUAGCGCAGCGCUUGUAGUGGACGCAAACGUGCCAGGUCCGCCAGUGGGUUCCACGGCGGCGCUGUUGGCUCACCUGCAGCGGCGGCGCGAGGAGAUGCGCACUGAAAGCCCGCGGACGCCCCCCGGCGGCGGCACCCGCACGUGCACCGUGACCGAGGGCAAGCACGCGCGGCUCAGCUGCUUUGUGACAGGAGAGCCAAAACCCGAGACCGUGUGGAAGAAGGACGGGCAGCUGAUGGUGGAGGGCCGGCGGCACAUGGUGUACGAGGAUGCGCAAGAGAACUUCGUGCUCAAGAUCCUCUUCUGCAAGCAGUCAGACCGUGGCCUUUACACCUGCACUGCUUCCAACCUAGUGGGUCAGACCUACAGCUCCGUGCUGGUGGUGGUGCGAGAGCCCCCGGUGCCCUUUAAGAAGCGUCUGGAGGACCUGGAGGUUCAGGAGAAGGAGUCAGCCACAUUCCAGUGUGAGGUACCACUGCCUGCCACGGAGGCCUCCUGGUACAAGGAGGAGACACGGCUGUGGGCCAGUGCCAAGUAUGGCAUCGAGGAGGAAGGCACGGAGCGCAGGUUGACCGUGCGCAACGUCACAGCUGAUGACGAUGCGGUUUACAUCUGUGAGACUGCGGAGGGCAGCCGCACGGUGGCUGAGCUCUCUGUCCAAGGUAACCUUACCAGAAAGCUCCCGAGGAAGACAGGCGUUCGUGUGGGGGAUACAGCUAUAUUUUAUGUGGAGUUGACCAACCCCGUGAGUCCUGUGCGAUGGCUGCGGAACCAGGAGGAGAUAGUGACCGGGGAUCGACUGGUCAUCACUGAUGAAGGCAGGUGCCACACACUGACCAUCUUCGAUUGCAGCAUGGAGGAUGCUGGUGAGGUGGCUUUCACGGCUGGGGACUGUCGGACGUCCACUCAGUUCUUUGUGUCAGUCCCCAGGAGACCGCCUCUGUAUCCCCCUUCCGAUCCUGUGGUGAAAGUUAAGACAGAGAGUUCUGUGACCCUCGGCUGGUCUGCACCACCCGUCGGAGAUCGCCCUAUCACCAUUGAUGGAUAUCUGGUGGAGAAGAGGAGACUGGGUGCCUAUGCUUGGAGCCGAUGCCAUGAGGCUGAGUGGGUAGCCACACCUGAACUGACCGUGGCCGGCGUGACAGAGGAGGGAGACUUCCAGUUCCGGGUGUCAGCUGUGAACAGCUUUGGCCAGAGUCCCCCACUCGAAUUUCUAGGGACAGUCCACCUAGUCCCCCAGCUGGCUGUGAAAACACCCCUGAAGGCAAUAGAGGCCGUGGAGGGUGGAGAGGUGACUUUCUCUGUGGACCUCACGAUGGCCUCGGAGGGCGAAUGGUUCCUGGACGGGCAGGUCCUGCAGGCCAGCAGUGUGUACGUGAUUCGCUGUGACCGAACCCACCAUACACUUACCAUCCGAACUGUGCCUGCCAGCCUACAUGGCGCCGAGCUCAAGUUUGUGGCCAAUGGCAUUGAAAGCAGCAUCCGCAUGGUGGUCCGAGCAGCCUCAGCGCUGAUUGGUGACAAGCUGCCUGUGGCCGCAACCCAGAAGGUGUGGGCACGGCUGCAUGAAGAGGCACAGUUGCUGGCUGAGCUGUCAGACCAAGCAGCAGCUGUGACUUGGCUGAAGGAUGGCCGAGUAUUACCACCAGGCCCCAAGUAUGAGGUGCAGGCAUCUGCCGGACAGAGGGUCCUGCUUGUGCGAGAUGUGGCUCGAGAUGAUGCUGGCCUCUACGAGUGCCUCAGCCGUGGGGACCGGAUUGCCUACCAGCUGUCCGUGCAAGGCCUCUCCAGCUUUCUGCACAAGGAGUCAGCGGGCGGUCGUGUGGAGGCGGUAGCUGGUAGCCAGGCACAAUUUGAGUGUGAGACAUCAGAGGCCCACAUGAAUGUGCGCUGGUACAAGGAUGGCACUGAACUUAGUGGCUCCUCCCAGCACUUCUCACUGGAGGAUGUGGGGACACGGCAUCGCCUGGUGGCAAACUCUGUAACCAGGCAGGAUGAGGGUACCUACACCUGCCGGGCAGGCGAGGACUCUGUGGAGUUCCAGCUCCGGGUGUCUGAACCCACAGAGGUGUUUGCCAAGGAUCAGCCUGUACAGAGCAAAGUGCAGGCUGAGGCAGGGGCCAGUACCACGCUGAGCUGUGAAGUGGCCCAGACUCAGACAGAAGUGUCCUGGUACAAGGAUGGCAAGAAACUGAGUUCGAGCUCAAGGAUACAGAUGGAGGCCACUGGCCAUCGUCGGCAGCUGGUGGUGCAGCAGGCAGGCAAGGCAGAUGCUGGGGAGUACACCUGUGAGGCCGGAGGCCAGAAGGUCUCCUUCCAUCUGGAUGUCACAGAGGUGAUCCAGGUUCUGAUGGAGGUGAUAUGGUACAAGGAUGGAAAGAAACAAAGUUCAAGCUUAGGGGUGUGUGUGGAGGCCACGGGCCCUAGGUAGUGGCUAGUGGGACAGUAGGCAGGCCUGGCAGAUGCUGGGGACUACAGCUGUAAGGCUGGGGGACAGAAGGUCUCCUUCCACCUGCAUGUCACAGAGCCCAAGGAGAUUUUUGCCAAGAAGCAGCUGGCAAGGAGUUCUGUGCAGGCUGAAGCGGGGUCCAGUGCUACACUGAGCUGUGAGGUGGCCCAGUCCCAGACAGAGGUGGUGUGGUACAAAGAUGGGAAGAAACUUAGUACCAGCUCAAGGGUGCGCAUGGAGGCCAAGGGCCAUGGGCGGCGACUGGUGAUUCAGCAGGCAGGCCAGGCAGAUGCUGGAGAGUACAGCUGUGAGGCUGGAGGUCAGAAGAUCUCCUUCCACUUGGAUGUCACAGAGCCUGUGGCAGUGUUUGCCAAGGAGCAGCCAGCACAGAAAGAGGUGAAGAUUGAGGCAGGGGCCAGUGCCUCGCUGAGUUGUGAGGUGACCCAGGCUCAGACGGAGGUGGCGUGGUACAAGGAUGGGAAGAAGCUCAGUGGGAACUCGAGGGUGCAUGUGGAGGCCACAGGCUGUGGGCGGCGGCUGGUGGUGCAGCAGGCGGGCAAAGCAGAUGCUGGCGAGUACGUCUGUGAGGCCGGGGGUCAGAAGGUGUCCUUUCGCUUGGAUGUCACAGAGUCCAUGGUGGUAUUUUCCAAGGAGCAAGCAUCCCGGAGCGAGGUGCGGGCUGAAGCGGGGGCCAGUGCCACACUGAGCUGUGAGGUGUCGCAGGCCCAGACAGAGGUAGCAUGGUACAAGGAUGGAAAGAAGCUGACUUCAACCUCAAGGGUGCACGUGGAGACCAAGGGCCAUGGGCGGCAGCUGGUGGUGCAGCAGGUGGGCAAGGCAGAUGCUGGAGAGUACACCUGUGAGGCAGGGGGACAGAAGGUCUCCUUCCACCUGGACAUCACAGAGCCCAAACCGGUGUUUGCCAAGGAGCAGCAGGCACAGAAUGAAGUGCGGGCUGAGGCGGGGGCCAGCGCCACACUGAGCUGUGAGGUAGCCCAGGCACAGACAGAGGUGACCUGGUACAAGGAUGGGAAGAAGCUGGAUGCAAGCUCGAAGAUGCGCAUGGAGGCCACAGGCUGUGGGCGACGGCUGGUGGUGCAGCAGGCAGGAAAAGCAGACUCUGGGGAAUACAGCUGUGAGGCCGCAGGCCAGAAGGUGUCCUUUCACCUGGAUAUCACAGAACCUGUGGUGGUGUUUGCAAAAGAUCAGCCUGCAAAGAGUGAGGUGAUGACUGAGGCAGGAGGCAGUGCCACACUGAGCUGUGAGGUGGCCAAGGCCCAGACGGAGGUGGUAUGGUACAAGGACGGGAAGAAACUGAGUUCGAGCUCAAGGAUGCGUGUUGAGGCCAAAGGCUGUGAGCGGCGGCUCGUGGUGCAGCAAGCAAGCAAGGCAGAUUCUGGGGAGUACAGCUGUGAGGCCGGGGAUCAGAAGGUUUCCUUCCACUUAGAUGUCACAGAGUCCAUGGCGAUGUUUUCUAAGGAGCAGCCUGCACAGAGUGAGGUACAGGCCGAAGCGGGAGCCAGCACCACACUGAGCUGUGAGGUGGCUAAGGCCCAGACAGAGGUGGUGUGGUUCAAGGAUGGGAAGAAGCUUAGUCCAAGCUCAAAGAUGCGCAUGGAGUCCAAGGGCUGUAGGCGGCAGCUGGUGGUGCAGCAGGCAAGCAAGGCAGACGCUGGAGAAUAUAGCUGUGAGGCUGGAGGCCAGAAGGUGUCCUUCUACCUGGAUGUCAUAGAGCCCACAGUGGUGUUUGCCAAGGAGCAGCCAGUGAAGAGUGAGGUGCGGGCUGAGGCGGGGGCCAGCGCCACACUGAGCUGUGAGGUGUCCCAGGCCCAGACACAGGUGGUGUGGUACAAAGACGGAAAGAAGCUGACUUCGAGCUCAAGGGUACAUGUGGAGGCCACGGGCUGUGGGCGGCAGCUGGUGGUGCAGCAGGCGGGCAAAGCAGAUGCUGGCGAGUACACCUGUGAGGCUGGGGGCCAGAAGGUCUCCUUCCGUCUGGAUGUCAUAGAGCCCACAGUGGUGUUUGCCAAGGAGCAGCCAGUGAAGAGUGAGGUGCAGGCUGAGGCGGGGGCCAGCGCCACACUGAGCUGUGAGGUGUCCCAGGCCCAGACACAGGUGGUGUGGUACAAGGAUGGAAAGAAGCUGACUUCGAGCUCAAGGGUGCGUGUGGAGGCCACGGGCUGUGGGCGGCAGCUGGUGGUGCAGCAGGCGGGCAAAGCAGAUGCUGGAGAGUACACCUGUGAGGCCGGGGGCCAGAAGGUCUCCUUCCAUCUGGAUGUCACAGAGCCCACGGCAGUGUUUGCCAAGGAGCAGCAAACACAGAACAAUGUGAAGGCCGAGGUGGGGGCCAGUGCCACGCUGAGCUGUGAGGUGGCUCAGGCUCAGACGGAGGUGGUGUGGUACAAGAACGGGAAGAAGUUGAGUGCAAGCUCAAGGAUGCGUGUGGAGGCCACGGGCUGUGGGCGGCAGCUGGUUGUGCAGCAGACGGGCAAGGCAGAUGCUGGGGAGUACACCUGUGAGGCUGGGGGCCAGAAGGUCUCCUUCCAUCUGGAUGUCACAGAGCCAGCAGUGGUAUUUGCCAAGGAACAAUCAGUACAAAGUGAAGUGCGAGCUGAGGCAGGGGCCAGUGCCACACUGAGCUGUGAGGUGACCCAGGCUGAGACAGAGGUGGCGUGGUACAAGGAUGGGAAGAAGCUGAUUGGGAACUCCAGGGUGCACAUGGAGGCCACAGGCUGUGAGCGGCGGCUGGUGGUGAAGCAGGCGGGCAAAGCAGACGUUGGGGAGUACAUCUGUGAGGCCGGGGGCCAGAAGGUCUCCUUCCACCUUGAUGUCACAGAACCCACGGUGGUGUUUGCCAAGGAGCAACCCGUACAGAAUGAGGUGCGGGCUGAGGCAGGGACCAGUGCCAUGCUGAGCUGCGAGGUGGCCCAGACCCAGACAGAGGUGACCUGGUACAAGGAUGGGAGGAAGCUGAGCUCAAGCUCAAGGAUUCGAAUGGAGGCCACAGGGUGUGGACGGCGACUGGUUGUGCAGCAGGCGGGCAAAGCAGAUGCUGGGGAGUACAGCUGUGAGGCCGGGGGCCAGAAGGUCUCCUUCCGCCUGGAUGUCACAGAGCCUGAGCCUGAGCCCGGAGCCCUGGAGAAGCCUGGACGCAGGGAGCCUCUGAUGGUCAAGGAACAUGAGGACAUCAUCCUGACAGCGGUGUUGGCUGCACCAUCUGUGGCUGCUGUGACGUGGUUCAAAGACGGUGUGGAGAUUCGCCGUAGCAAGCGUCAGGAGACGGUCAGCCUGGGGGACACCCACACCCUAACGGUACAUGGUGCCCAGACCCUGGACAGCGCCAUAUACAGCUGCCGUGUAGGAGACCGGCGGCAGGACUUCCCAGUCCAAGUGGAAGAGGUGGGCACCCGAUUCACUCGGGCCCUUGAGCCAGUGAGCGGCAAACUGGGAGGCAAGGUCGUGCUGGUCUGUGAGCUGAGCCCUGAGCAGGCUGAGGUGGUAUGGCGCUGUGGCAGUACUCAGCUGCGGGCUGGCAAGCGCUUCCAGAUGGAGGCCAUGGGGCCGCUGCGCUCCCUCACCAUCACGGGUCUGAGGGAAGAAGAUGCAGGCGAGUACGUGUGCGAAAGCCGAAAUGACAGCACCAGUGCCAGACUCUCCGUCCAUGUUCCUCGUAUGGUGAAGUUCACAUCUGGACUGAGCGGAGUGGUCACAGAGGAGGGUCAGGAGGCCACCUUCCAGUGUGUAGUGUCCCCCAGCGAUGCUACAGUCACCUGGUACCGGGAUGGCAUCCUGCUACAGGCCAGUGAGAAGUUUCUGAUAUCAGAGAGCGGCGCCAGUCACAGCCUGACCAUCACUGGCCUGGCCCUGGAGGAUGCAGGCCAGAUCACUGCAGAGGCUGAGAGCGUGACCUCGGUGGCAACCCUCAGGGUUCGAGAAGCCCCAGUGCUGUUCAAAAAGAAGCUGGAGUCACAGACGGUAGAGGAACGGGGCUCGGUAACAAUGGAGGUGGAGCUGUCCCGGCCAUGGCCGGCUGUCAACUGGACUCGGAAUGCAGCUACCGUAGUGCCUAGUGAGAAUGUGCAGAUCCACGCUGAAGGCGUACACCACCGCCUGGUUCUGCACAACGUCAGCUUCUCUGACAGAGGCUUCUUCGGCUGUGAGACACCUGAUGACAAGACACAGGCUAAGCUCAAUGUGGAGAUGCGCCAGGUCCGGCUCGUGCGCGGCCUGCAGAUGGUGGAGGCUCGAGAGCAGAGCAGGGCUGUCAUGAAGGUGGAGCUGUCUCAUGCAGAUGUGCAGGGCAACUGGACACGUGAUGGGCUUCGGCUCCAGCCCGGGCCCUCUUGCAACCUGACUGUGAAUGGCCCCACCCAUACGCUUACGCUCUCUGAGCUUCGACUGGAGGACAGCGGCCUUAUCGCCUUCAAGGCUGAGGGUGUGCACACAUCUGCAAGGCUCCUAGUCACUGAGCUUCCUGUGAAGUUCAGCCGCCCACUGCAGGACGUGGUAGCCAUUGAGAAGGAGAAGGUGACCUUUGAGUGUGAGCUGUCACGCCCCAAUGUUGAUGUGCGCUGGCUGAAGGAUGAUAUGGAGCUGAGGGUGGACAAGAGUGUGGGCAUCUCAGCCCAGGGAGCCUGUAGGAGUCUCAUCAUUUACCGAUGUGAGCUCGGGGACCAGGGUGUCUACAUGUGCGAUGCCCGUGACGCCCAGACCUCUGCCUCCCUCAAGGUGCAAGGUCGUGACAUCCAGAUUGUGAAGCCCCUGGAGGAUGUGGAGGUGAUGGAGAAGGAGGGCGCCACCUUCUCCUGUGAGGUCUCCCAUGAAGAAGUGCCCGGUCAGUGGUUCCGGGAGGGCAGUAAGCUGCGGCCCAGUGAUAAUGUUCGCAUCCGACAGGAAGGAAGGACGUACACUCUGAUCUAUCGGAGAGUCCUGGCAGAAGAUGCAGGGGAGAUCAGAUUUGUGGCUGAAAGUGCAGAGUCGCGAGCACAGCUCCGGGUGAAAGAAUUCCCUGUUACUAUUGUACGCCCGCUUCGGGACAAGAUCGCCAUGGAACGGCGCCGGGGUGUGCUGGAGUGCCAGGUGUCACGGGCUAGUGCCCAGGUGCGCUGGUUCAAGGGUGGCGUAGAGCUGCAUCCCGGGCCCAGGUAUGAGAUGGUCAGUGAUGGGCUGUACCGAAAGCUGAUCAUCGCCAGUGUCCAGCCCGAAGAUGAGGAUACCUACACGUGUGAUGCUGGUGAUGUCAAGACCACUGCCCAGUUCUUCGUGGAAGAGCAAUCCAUCACCAUCGUGAGGGGCCUGCAGGAUGUGACUGUGAUGGAGCCCGCCCCCGCCUGGUUUGAGUGUGAGACCUCCAUCCCCUCCGUGCGGCCGCCCAAGUGGCUCCUGGGCAAGACACCAUUGCAGGCAGGGGCAGAUGUGGGACUGGAACAGGAAGGCACCGUGCACCGCCUGGUGCUGCGGCGCACCUGCUCCACUAUGACGGGGCCUGUGCACUUCACCAUCGGCAAGGCCCGUUCCUCCGCCCACCUCGUCGUCUCAGAUAUCCCUAUGGUGCUGACACGGCCGCUGGAGCCCAAGGCUGGGCGGGAACUGCAGUCCGUGAUACUGUCUUGUGACUUCCGGCCACCCCCCAAGGCUGUGCAAUGGUACAAGGAUGACACGCCUCUCACACCCUCCGACAAAUUCAGGAUGACUCUGGAAGGCCACAUGGCAGAACUACGUAUCUCGCGACUUACAUCUGCUGAUGGUGGUGUCUACCGGUGCCAGGCAGGCAGUGCUCAGACCAGCGCAUUGGUCACUGUAGAGGCUCGGGAAGUGAAGGUGACGCAGCCCCCGAAGGACUUGGAGGCCACAGAGGAGGGCUGCGCCUGUUUUUCAUGUGAGCUGUCUCAUGAAGAAGAGGAGGUGGAAUGGUCACUCAACGGGACACCCCUGUACAAUGACAGCUUUCACGAGAUCUCCCACGAGGGCUGCCGUCACACACUGAUGCUGAAGCGUGUUCGUCAGGAAGACUCAGGCACUGUGCGCCUCACCUCUGCCAAAGUCACUGCCUCCGCCCGCCUGCAGGUCAGAGCAAAGCCUGUGGUCUUCCUGAAAGCACUGGAUGAUGUGUCAGCAGAGGAGCGGGGCACACUGGCCCUGCAGUGCGAGGUUUCAGAUCCCAAAGCCCGUGUGGUGUGGCGCAAGGAUGGUGUGGAGCUGGGCCCUGGGGACAAGUAUGAUUUCCUGCACACAGGAGCCACACGGGGGCUCGUGGUGCAUGUCCUGAGCCAGGACGACGCAGGCUUGUACACUUGCCACGUGGGCACUGAGGAGACCCGAUCCCGGGUCAGAGUGCACGAUUUGCACGUGGGCAUCACCAAAAGGCUCAAGACAGCAGAGGUGCUGGAGGGUGAGAAUUGCAGCUUUGAGUGCGUCCUGUCCCAUGAGAAUGACAGCGAGUCGGCCAUCUGGACUGUUGGUGGGAAGACAGUGGGCAGCUCCGGUCACUUUCGGACAGGGCGCCAGGGUCGCACAUACACCCUGGUUGUUCAGGCUGCUGCACUGAGUGACGCGGGAGAGGUGGUGUUCUCUAUAGGAGGCCUCACCUCCAAGGCCUCGCUGGUGGUCAAAGAGAGACCAGUGGGCAUCACAAAAGCCCUGGAGGACCAGCAGGUGACACUGGGGGAAGACGUGGUGUUGAGCUGUGAGCUCUCCCAGGCGGGCACCUCAGUGCGCUGGCUGAAGGAUGGCAAGGCCAUACGCAAGAGUCAGAAGUACGACAUUCGCAGUGAGGGCACUCGGGCCUUGCUGGUUGUCCGAGCAGCUACACUCAAAGACUCGGGGGAGUAUGCAUGCGAGACAGAGGCCUCCAAGAGCACGGCUAGACUCCAUGUGGAAGAAAGAGCAAACUGCUUCACCAAGGAGCUGACUGAUGUGCAGGCUGAAGAGAAGGGUUCAGCUGUGUUUGAGUGUGAGACGGAGCGUCCUGCGACCUCGGUGACCUGGCGCAGGGGCCUGGUGGAGCUGCGCGCCUCACGCAAACAUGUGCCCAGCCAGGAUGGUCUGGCCUUGAAGCUCACCAUCAGUGCUCUGGAGCGAUCGGACAGUGACACCUACACCUGUGACAUUGGUCAGGCCCAGUCGCAGGCCAGACUCAUAGUGCAAGGCCAAAGUGUGCACAUCAUUGAAGAGCUGGAGGACAUGGAGGUGCCGGAGGGUUCCUCAGCCACUUUCCGCUGCCGCAUCUCCCCUGCCAAUUAUGAACCUGUCCACUGGUUCUUGGAAAAAACCCCGCUGCAUGCCAACGAGCUCAAUGAGAUUGAGGUCCAGUCUGGGGGCUACCAUGUGUUGACCCUGAGGCAGCUUACACUCAAGGACUCAGGCACUGUCCACUUCGAGGCAGGCGAUCAGCGGGUCUCAGCCACAUUGCAGAUCACAGAGAAACCAAGCAUCUUCUCCCGGGAGCUCACUGAUGUCACAGUCCUUGAGGGGGAUGACCUGACUCUUGUUUGUGAGACUACCAUACCUGACAGCCCCGUGAACUGGACCAAGGAUGGGAAGACCCUACGGCCCUCAGCCCGUUGCCAGCUGAGUUAUGAGGACUGCCAGGCGCGGUUGGUCAUCACAGACACCACCAUGCAGGACGGUGGGCGCUACAAGUGUGAGGCAGGAGGCACCUGGAGCAACUCCAUUGUCAGGGUCCAAGCACGGCCAGUGCAGUUCCGGGAAGGGCUGAAGGACAUGGAGAUGCUGGAGGGCGGUGCUGCCACACUGCGCUGUGUGCUGUCCACUGUGGCGGCGCCGGUGGAGUGGCGCUACAGGGACGAGGUCCUACAGCCAGGCAGCAAGUAUGGCCUGCGGCAGGAGGGAGCCAUGCUGGAGCUGGUGGUGCGUGACCUGCAGCCCAAGGACAGUGGGCAGUACUCAUGCUCCUUUGGGGACCAGAUGACUGUGGCCACACUCACCGUGAAGGCCCUGCCUGCCCAGUUCAUAGGAAAACUGAGAAGCAAGGAGGCCACGGAAGGGGCCACAGCUAUGCUUCGGUGUGAGUUGAGCAAGGCAGCUCCUGUGGAGUGGAGGAAGGGCCUUGAGACCCUCAACACUGGGGGCAGAUACAGCCUGAAGCAGAACGGGGCCACGUGUGAGCUGGAGAUUCGUGGUCUGACUGUGGUGGAUGCUGGGGAGUACUCAUGUGUGUGUGGGCAGGAGAAGACCUCAGCCACACUGACUGUGAGGGCUCAGCCUGCCCAGUUUAUAGGAAGACUGAGAAGCAAGGAGGCCACAGAAGGGGCCACAGCCACGUUGCGGUGUGAGUUGAGCAAGGCAGCUCCUGUGCAGUGGAGGAAGGGCUCGGAGAAUCUCAGUGCUGGGGACAAAUACAUCCUGAGACAGGAUGGAGCUGUGUGUGAGCUGGAGAUUCAUGACCUAGCCAUGAGUGAUGCUGGGGAGUACUCGUGCAUGUGUGAGCAGGAGAGGACCUCAGCCACGCUGACUGUGAAGGUCCUGCCAGCCAGAUUCAUACAAGGUCUGAAGACCGAGGAAGCCACAGAAGGGACCACGGCCACACUGCGGUGUGAGCUGAGCAAGGUGGCACUCGUGCAGUGGAGGAAGGGCCCUGAAGCCCUCAGCGCUGGGGGCAGAUACAGUCUGAGGCAGGAUGGGGCCAUAUGUGAGCUGGAGAUUCGUAGCCUGACUGUGGCAGAUGCUGGAGAGUACUUCUGUGUGUGUGGGCAGGAAAGGACCUCAGCCACGUUGACCGUGAUGGCCCUACCAGCUAGAUUCAUACAAGGUCUGAAGAGUGAGGAGUCCAAGGAAGGGGCCAUGGCCUUGCUGCCAUCUGAUCUGAACAAGCGGACCUCUGUGGAGUGGAGGAAAGGCCCUGAGACAUUCAUUGCUAGGGACAGAUACAGCCUCAGGCGGGCUAGGGCCACAUGUGAACUGGUGAUCUGUAGCCUGGCUGUGGCAGACACUGGGGUGUACUCGUGUGUGUACGGGUCAGAAAGGACCUCAGCCACACUGAUUGUGAGGGACAAAGCCCUGCCAGCCAGAUUCAUACAAGGCCUGAAGAGUGAGGAGGCCAUGGAAGGGGCUGCAACCACGCUGCAGUGUGAGCUGAGCAAGGCAGCCCCUGUGCAGUGGAAGAAGGGCUCUGAGACCCUCAGCACUGGUGAUAGAUACCACCUGAGACAGGAUGGGGCUACUUGUGAGCUGGAGAUCUGUGGCCUGGUCAUGGAGGAUGAUGGGGAGUACUCAUCCCUGCCAGCCAGAUUCAUACAAGGUCUGAAGAAUGAAGAGGCCAUGGAAGGAGCCAUGGCCACACUGCAGUAUGCUGGAGAAUAUUGGUGUGUGUGUGGGCAGGAGAGGACCUCAGCAAAGCUCACUGUGAAGGCCCUGCCAGCCAAAUUCAUACAAAGUCUGAAGAGCGAGGAGGCCAGUGAAGGGGCCUCGGUCACACUGCAGUGAGAAUUGAGCAAGGCAGCCCCUGUGCAGUGGAAGGAGGGCUCUGAGACCUUUGGUGCUGGGGAUAGAUAUUGCAUGAGACAGCAUGAUGGGACUAUGUGUGAGCUGGAGAUCAGUGCUCUGACUGUGGCGGAUGCAGGGGAGUACAUUUGUGUCUGUAAGCAGAAGAGGACCUCAGCAGCUAUCCCCAUACAGAAUAAAACCCUGCCAGCCAGAUUCAUACAAGGUCUGAAGAAUGAAGAGGCCAUGGAAGGAGCCAUGGCCACACUGCAGUGUGAGCUGAGCAAGGCAGCCCGUGUUCAGUGGAAGAAGGGCCCUGAGACCCUCAUUGCUGGGGACCGAUACAGCUUGAGGCAGGAUGGAGCCACCUGUGAACUGGAGAUUCAGGGCCUGGCUCUGGUGGAUGCUGGCGAGUACUCGUGUGUGUGUGGGCAGGAGAAGACCUCAGCCAUGCUGACUGUUAGAGCCCUGCCAGCCAGAUUCAUACAAGGCCUGAAGAGUGAGGAGGUUACAGAAGGGGCCAAAGCCAUACUUCGAUGUGAGCUGAACAAGAUGGCCCCUGUGCAGUGGAUGAAGGACUCUCAGGCUCUCAGAACUGGGGACAAAUACAGCCUGAGGCAGGAUGGGACCAUGUGUGAGCUGGAGAUCCAUGACUUGGCUAUGGAAGAUGCUGGAGAAUAUUGGUGUGUGUGUGGGCAGGAGAGGACCUCAGCAAAGCUCACUGUGAAGGCCCUGCCAGCCAGAUUCAUACAAAGUCUGAAGAGUGAGGAGGCCACAGAAGGAACCACAGCCACACUGCGGUGUGAACUGAGCAAGGCCGCCCCUGUGCAGUGGAAGAAGGGUUCUGAGACCCUCAGUGUUGGGGAUAGAUAUUGCAUGAGGCAGCAUGGGGCUAUGUGUGAGCUGGAGAUCCGUGGCCUGACUGUGGCAGAUGCUGGGGAGUAUUUGUGUGUCUGCGGGCAGGAGAGGACCUCAGCAAUUCUCACCGUGAAGGCCCACCAGGUGGUAUUUACAAUGCCUCUGCAGAGUCUGCAGGCUGAGGAGGGCUCCACGGCCAGCCUCCGGUGUGAGCUGUCCAUGCCAGAUACUGCUGUGAUCUGGAGCAAAGGUGGGCUGGAGCUGCAGGUCAGUGGUCGACUGGAGCUGAGAAAGCAGGGGCCUGUGGUCGAGCUGCUUCUGCGCGAUCUCCUUCGGGAAGAUGCUGGGGAGUAUAGCUGCACCUGUGGCUCCCAAAGCACCAGUGCCACCCUCACAGUCACAGCUGCACCUGUGUUGUUUCUGCGGGAGCUGCAACCCCAGGAAGUGGAUGAGGGUGCGACAGCGCGGCUGUGCUGUGAACUGAGCCGACCAGGAGCCAGUGUGGAAUGGCGCAAGGGCUCUCUGCAGCUUUUCCCCUGUGCCAAGUACCAGAUGGUACAGGACGGUGCAGUUGUCGAGCUGCGGGUAUGCAGCGCCGAGCAGGAGGACUGUGGGGACUACACCUGUGACACAGGGCAGAGACAGAGCACAGCCAACCUCUUGGUCCGAGUCCCUAGGCCCCAGUUCAAGGCCCAGCUGCAGAGCAUGGAACAGGAGGUGGGUGGUGUUGCGAGGCUGUGCUGUGAGCUGAGUGUGGAUGAGCCAGGGGCUCCCGUGCAGUGGCUAAAGGAGGGCGUGGAACUUCGUGGGGGCCCUAAGUACGAGAUGCGGCGCCAGGGAGCCAGGUGUGAGCUGCUGAUCCGAGGGCUCGAGGCCAAGGACACAGGAGAGUAUGCCUGCAUGGUAGAUGGCCAGAGAACCUUGGCCUCCAUCAAAGUCAAAGAGCCUGAGGUGACCAUUGUGCGGGGGCUGGUGAAUGCUGAGGUACAAGCUGAUGAGGACGUGGAGUUCCACUGCGAGGUGUCGCGGCCUGUGACCACAGGUGUGGAGUGGCGGCUCCAGGGCCUGCCACUGCAGAGUAAUGAGGUGACUGAGGUGGGCAUGCAGGGCAGCUGCACCCACACACUGCGGCUGAAGGGCGUCACACCUGAGGAUGCUGGUACUGUCUCCUUCCACGUGGGCCUCUGCACUUCCUCUGCUCAGCUCACUGUCCGAGUCCCUGAGGUGACCAUCCUGGAGCCUCUGCAGGACGUGCAGCUUAGCGAGGGCCAGGAUGCCCGCUUCUGGUGCCGGCUGUCCAGGGCUCUGGGCCAGGAGGCCUGCUGGGCUCUGAGUGGGGUGCCCUUGCAGGCCAACGAGAUGAAUGACAUCACAGUGCAGGAUGGCGUGCUUCAUGUACUCACGCUGCACAAGGUAACUCUUGAGGAUGCUGGAACGAUCAGUUUCCAAGUGGGCUUGUGUAGCUCAGAAGCCCAGCUGAAGAUCACAGCCAAGAACACGGUGGUACGGGGCCUGGAGAACGUGGAGGCGCUGGAAGGAGGGGAAGCACUCUUCGAGUGCCAGCUGUCGCAGCCAGAGGUGGCCUCCCAUACCUGGUUGCUGGAUGAUGAGCCCGUACGCACCUCAGAAAAUGCCGAAGUGGUCUACUUUGAGAACGGCUUACGUCACUUACUCCUGCUCAAAAACCUGCGGCCACAGGACAGCUGCCGGGUGACCUUCCUGGUCGGGGACAUGGUGACCUCAGCAUUCCUCACUGUUAAAGGCUGGCGCCUGGAGUUCUUGGAGCCCCUACAGGAUGUGUCGGUGAGGGCCGGUGGACAGGCCACUUUCCACUGCAAGCUUAGUGAAGCUGUGUCUGUGGGCGAUGCUUCCUGGUACCUCAAUGGUGCCAUCAUCUCAUCAGAGGAUGUCGACUGGGCAGUCACUGCCGAUGGCAGCCACCACACCCUACUUCUGCGAAGCGCCCAGCCCCACCAUGCUGGAGAGGUUACCUUUGCUGCCCGUGACGCCGUUGCCUCUGCCCGGCUCACUGUACUAGGCCUCCCUGAUCCCCCAGAGGAUGCUGAAGUGGUGGGCCGCAGUGGCCGCUCUGUGACCUUGUCCUGGGUGGCCCCGACCAGUGAUGGUGGCGGUGGCCUCUGCGGCUAUCGGGUGGAGAUGAAGGCGACCACCACAGGGGAGUGGCAGCUGUGCCACGAGCUGGUGCCAGGGCCGGAGUGUGUGGUGGAUGGCCUGGCUCCCGGGGAGACAUACCGCUUCCGUGUUGCGGCCGUGGGCCCUGUGGGUGCUGGGGAGCCUGUGCACCUGCCCCAGAUGGUGAAGCUUGGUGAGUCCCAUCCUUGUCCUACGCCCCUGGAACCCACACCUGCAACCCUGCCCCCUGUGAGCCGGGAAGUGGCAGUUGGCGAGGAUGUGCGACUGGAGUGUGAGGUGAUGGCCGAGGCCGGCCAGGUUACCUGGCAGAAGGGGAUGGAGAGUAUUCAGCCUGGCAGUCACUUUGAGAUCAUCACCCAGGGCCGGCAGCAGACGCUGGUCAUUCGAGGCUUCACACCGGAGGACCAGGGCGAGUACCGCUGCAGUCCAACCCAUGGUCAGGAUUCCACAGCGGCUACCACCUUCCAGGUGGUGCUGACCCCAGGCUCAGAGGGUGAGACCUCAGCUCAGCCCAGCCUUCCUCCUGAGGCCGCCCAGGAGGGCGACCUGCACCUGUUGUGGGAGGCGCUGGCCCGGAAACGCCGCAUGAGCCGAGAGCCCACGCUGGACUCCAUCAGUGAACUGCCUGAGGAAGACGGACAUCUGCAGCGCCUUCAGCAGGAGGCAGAGGAGGUGGCCCCCUACCUCUCUGAGGGCUAUUCCACAGCUGAUGAACUGGCGCGCACUGGUGAGGCCGACCUCUCACACACCAGCUCUGACGAUGAGUCCCGGGCGGGCACCCCUUCCCUGAUAACCUAUCUCAAGAAGGCUGGGCGGCCUGGUGCCCCAACGCCUGCCAGCAAGAUCCCAGCCCCAGCAGCCACCUCUGGGAAGCCACAGAAGAUGCAGGAGCCACCAGCCUCAGCACUCCCACCACCAGGUGACCUGAGUGCUGAGGACCUGGAUGACCCAUGCAUGGACAAGGCGGCUGUGAAGAUCCAGGCCGCCUUUAAGGGCUACAAGGUUCGGAAGGAGAUGAAGCAGCAGGAAGGGCCUGUAUUCAGCCGCACGUUUGGGGACACGGAGGCACAGGUGGGAGAUGCACUUCGCCUGGAGUGUGUGGUGGCCAGCAAGGCAGACUUUCGGGCCCACUGGCAGAAGGAUAGCGUGGAGUUGGCAGAUGGGCGGCACUAUCACAUCGACCAGCUCAGUGACGGCACCUGCUCUCUGCUAAUCACGGGCCUGGGUUGUGCCGAUGCUGGCCACUACACCUGUCAGGUGAGCAACAAGUUCGGCUGUGCAGUUCACAGUGCCUGUGUGGUGGUCAGUGGGACAGAGAGUGAAGCAGAGAGCUCAUCAUCGGGGGGCGAACUGGAUGAUGCCUUCCGCCGGGCCGCCCGAAGGCUGCAUCGGCUGUUCCGCUCUAAGGGUCCAGCCGAAGUCUCGGAUGAGGAACUCUUUUUCAGUGCGGAGGAGGGCAGCGUGGAGCUGGAGGAACCUGGGGACUGGCAGACGUACCGUGAAGAUGAGCACUUUGUCUGCAUUCGUUUUGAGACCCUUGCUGAGGCCCACAGUGCUGCCACCCGCUUCCAGGAGAUGUUUGCCACGAUGGGGAUCAGGGUAGAGAUCAACCUCAUAGAACAAGAGCCCCGUGGGGUGGAGAUGCGCAUUGGUAAAGUGGCCCCAACAGUACCUCCAGGAUCAGCGCCCAGUUUGCUGACCUCAGACACUGCCCCCGUGUUCCUGACUGAGCUGCAGAACCAAGAGGUGCAGGAUGGUUAUCCUGUGAGCUUCGACUGUGUGGUGACGGGUCAGCCAGUACCCAGUGUGCGCUGGUUCAAGGAUGGGAAGGUGUUGGAAGAGGAUGACCACUACAUGAUCAAUGAGGACCAGCAGGGUGGCCACCAGCUCAUUAUCAUGGCUGUGGUGCCAUCAGACAUGGGUGUCUACCGCUGCCUGGCUGAGAACAACAUGGGUGUCUCCUCCACCAAAGCUGAGCUCCGCGUGGAUUUGACAAGCACAGACUAUGACACCGCGGCCGAUGCCACAGAGACCUCAUCCUACGCCAGUGCCCAAGGCUACUUAUCCAGCCGGGAACAAGAGGGCAUGGAAUCAACUGCAGAGGAGGGACAACUGCCCCAGGUGGUGGAGGAGCUAAGAGACCUCCAGGUGGCCCCAGGCACACGCCUAGCCAAGUUCCACCUCAAGGUGAAAGGUUAUCCGACACCUCGUCUAUACUGGUUCAAAGAUGGGCAGCCCCUGGUCACGUCCACCCACAUCCGCACAACUGAUAAGAAGACAUUGCACACUCUGGAGAUCCUCUCUGUCACCAAUGAGGACGCUGGCCAGUACUCGGCCUACAUCAGCAAUGCUGUGGGGGCAGCUUACUCAUCUGCUCGACUCCUGGUGCGAGGCCUGGAUGAACCAGAAGAGAAGCCAGCACCAGAGGUGCAAGAGCAGCUGGUGCCUCCCCGAAUAUUAGAGAAAUUCACCCCCAAAAAGGUGAAGAAGGGAUCCAGCAUCACUUUCUCAGUAAAAGUUGAAGGUCACCCAGCCCCAGUUGUGCACUGGCUGCGGGAAGAGGCCACACAAGGUGUGCUGUGGAUUGGGCCUGACACGCCAGGCUGCACAGUGGCCAGCUCUGGGCAGCAGCACAGCCUGAUCCUGCUGGACGUGGGUCGACAGCACCAGGGCACCUACACCUGCAUCGCCUCUAAUGCCGCGGGCCAGGCACUAUGCUCUGCUGGCUUGCACAUCUCAGGCCUGCCCAAGGAGACCAGGGCAGCAGAGGAGCAAGGGGGUGCGAAGGAGGCUCUCAUCUCUACCUUUUUGCAAGGGACUCAAGCCGUCUCUAUGCAGCUGUCAGAGUCUGUGGGAUUUACCGACCUGGCAGGGCAGAGGAAAGGAGAGCUGUCUGCAGCUGAGGAGGUCCACAGCCAUGUCUCCCUCGCCGACGUCGGCACUGAGGAGUUCCUCCAGAAGCUUACCUCCCAGAUCACAGAGAUGGUAUCAGCCAAAAUCACCCAGGCCCGGCUGCAGGUGCCUGGAGGUGACAGCGAUGAGGAGUCCAAGACACCAUCCCCAUCACCCCGGCAUGGCCGCUCUCGGCCCUCCUCCAGUAUUCAGGAGUCCUCCUCAGAGUCAGAGGAUGGAGACACCCGCGGAGAGAUCUUUGACAUCUAUGUGGUCACAGCUGACUACCUCCCCCUGGGGGCAGAGCAGGAUGCCAUCACACUGAGAGAGGGCCAGUACGUGGAGGUCUUAGACUCGGCUCACCCACUGCGAUGGCUUGUGCGCACCAAACCCACCAAGUCUAGCCCCUCUCGGCAGGGCUGGGUGUCACCUGCCUACCUGGACAGGAGGCUUAAGCUCUCACCUGAGUGGGGAGCCGCUGAGGCACCUGAGUUCCCUGGGGAGGCCAUGUCCGAAGAUGAAUACAAGAUGAAGCUGAGUUCUGUCAUUCAGGACCUGCUGAGCUCGGAGCAGACUUUUGUUGGCAGUAUGCAGUUUCUGCAGAGCCACCACAUGCAGCACCUGGACCGCUGUCCCCACGCGCCUGCCGCCGUGACCAGCCAGAAGUCAGUCAUCUUCCGCAAUGUGCAGGACAUCAGUCACUUCCACAGCAGAUUCCUGCAGGAGCUGCAGAGGUGUGACACAGAUGAUGACGUGGCCAUGGCCUUCAUCAAGAACGAGGCAGCCUUUGAGAAAUACCUGGAGUUCUUGGUGGGCCGUGUACAGGCUGAAUCAGUGGUUGUCAGCACGGCUGUCCAGGAGUUCUACAAGAAAUAUGCCGAGGAGUCGCUGUCCGCAGCAGAUCCCUCGCAGCCCCCGCCUCCGCCACUACAGCACUACCUGGAGCAGCCCAUCAAGCGGAUCCAGCAGUACCAGACUCUCCUCAAGGAUCUGAUCCGCAACAAGGCGAGGAAUGGGCAGAACUGUGCCCUGUUGGAACAGGCAUAUGCAGUGGUGUCGGCCCUGCCCCAGCGCUCUGAGAAUAAGCUGCAUGUGUCACUCAUAGAGAACUACCCAGGCACUCUGGAGGCCUUGGGCGAGCCCAUCCGGCAGGGUCACUUCAUUGUAUGGGAAGGGGCACCAGGUGCCAGAAUGCCCUGGAAAGGCCACAACCGCCACGUCUUUCUCUUUCGUAAUCACCUGGUGAUCUGUAAGCCUAAGCGGGACUCUCGGACCGACACCUUCAGCUACAUCUUCAGGAACAUGAUGAAGCUGAGUAGCAUUGACCUGAACGACCAGGUGGAGGGUGACGACCGUGCCUUCGAAGUGUGGCAUGAGCGAGAGGACUCAGUGCGCAAGUACCUGCUGCAGGCACGGACGGUCAUCAUCAAGAACUCAUGGGUGAAGGAGAUCUGUGGCAUCCAGCAGCGCCUCGCCCUCCCUGUCUGGCGUCCCCCCGAUUUUGAAGAGGAGCUGGCAGAUUGCACGGCUGAGCUGGGGGAAACAGUCAAGCUGGCCUGCCGUGUGACAGGCACACCCAAACCUGUCGUCAGCUGGUACAAAGAUGGGAAGACAGUAGAGGUAGACCCUCACCACAUCCUAAUUGAAGACCCUGAUGGCUCAUGUGCCCUCAUCUUGGACAACCUCACUGGCGUGGACUCGGGUCAGUACAUGUGCUUCGCAGCAAGUGCCGCCGGCAAUGCCAGCACCCUGGGGAAGAUCCUGGUUCAAGUCCCCCCACGGUUUGUGAACAAAGUCCGUGCUGCCCCCUUUGUGGAGGGAGAAGAUGCCCAGUUCACCUGUACCAUCGAAGGUGCUCCACAUCCUCAGAUCAGGUGGUACAAGAAUGGGACCCUGCUGAACCCUGGCAGCAAGUACGGGAUGUUCAGUGAGCCCCGCAGCGGUGUGCUGGUGCUGGAGAUCCGAGCUGCCAGCCAGGGGGACCUGGGCUACUAUGAGUGUGAGCUGGUGAACAGGCUGGGUUCUGCGCGUGGUGGCGCGGAACUGUACAUGCAGAGCCCUGCACUGCGGACCCAGGACCAGCGCCGCAGGGAGCAGCUCGUCGCUGUGGAAGGUAGAUCAUCCCUGGAGCGAGCUGACCAGGAGAUCCAGUUGGCUCUGAGGAGACUGGGAGGCCCUGAGGCUCCUGGCUCCUCUACAGGGGACCACAGUCCUGGCAGCCCCCUGGUCACAGGCCCCACACCUGGUGGGGAGCGCACUCUACAGGAGACCAGUCUAUCACCCCAAGGCACGGAGGCUAUGGAUACAACCGCCAAGGUCGACAGUGAGCCCAAGGCAACAGUACAGACUCUCCCUGAUGCAGGUCUGGAGCAGAAGCUAUUGGUGGACUCUGGGGCCCUGGAACGGACCGUCCCCAUUCGGAUAGAGGGUGCGGCCUGGCCUGGGGCAGGGGCAGCAGAACCACUCUGGGAUGCCCACAGUCACGUGUUCAUGGAGACUACCCACAGGACCUAUGUGUACCAGACCAGCGACACUGGUGUUACAAGGGCCCCAUCCAUGCAGGUCACCAUUGAGGAUGUGCAGGCACUGACGGGUGGCACAGCUCAAUUUCAGGCCAUCAUUGAAGGGACUCCCCAGCCCACAGUGACAUGGUACAAGGACAAAGCCCAGCUGGAGAACUGUGACCGCCUCAGUCAGCAGCAAGAUGGGACUGCAUAUUCCCUGGUGCUGAGGGAUGUGACCCAACACGAUGCUGGUGUUUACACCUGUUUGGCCCGCAAUGCCAGCGGUGAGGUGCUGUGCAAGGCAGAGCUGCUGGUUCUUGGAGGAGAAAGUGAGUCAGAAUCAGAAAGGCAAAGCAGCCGGAGGAAACUGCACUCUUUCUACGAAGUCCAGGAGGAGAUUGGAAGGGGUGUGUUUGGCUUCGUGAAGAGAGUCCAGCACAAAGGGAACAAGAUGUUCUGUGCUGCCAAGUUCAUCCCCCUUCGGAGCAAGACUCGGGCCCAGGCAUACCAGGAGCGGGACCUCCUUGGUACGCUGAGCCACCCACUUAUCACCAAGCUGCUGGACCAGUUCGAGACCCGAAAGACCUUGAUCCUCGUCAUGGAACUAUGUUCAUCAGAGGAGCUGCUGGACCGCCUGUUCAAGAAGAGUGUGGUGACAGAGGCUGAGGUGAAGAUCUAUAUCCACCAGGUGGUGGAAGGGCUGCAGUACCUGCACACCAGCGGCAUCCUCCACCUGGACAUAAAGCCUGCCAACAUUCUGAUGGUGCACCCUGCUCAGGAAGACAUCAAAAUCUGUGACUUUGGCUUUGCCCAAAAAAUCACCCCAUCAGAGCCACAGUACAGCAAAUAUGGCUCCCCAGAGUUUGUGCCCCCUGAGGUCAUCGAGCAGACCCCUGUAAGCGAGGGUUCUGACAUCUGGUCCAUGGGAGUCAUCUCCUACCUCAGCCUGACCUGCUCAUCACCGUUUGCGGGUGAGAGUGACCGCGCCACCCUGCUGAAUGUUCAGGAGGGGCGGGUCUCCUGGAGCAGCCCUGUGGCUGCUCACCUCACUGAGGAUGCCAAGGACUUUAUCAAGGCCACCCUACAGAGGAGCCCAGAGGCCCGGCCCACCGCCUCCCAAUGCCUCACCCACCCUUGGUUCCUGAAUUCUGUGCCUGCAGAGGAGGCUCACUUCAUCAACACCAAGCAGCUCAAGUUCUUGCUGGCCCGGAGCCGCUGGCAGCGCUCCCUGAUGUGCUACAAGUCCAUCUUGGUGAUGCGUUCCAUCCCUGAGCUGCUCCAGGGCCCACCAGACAGCCCAUCCCUAGGGGUCUCCCGGCACCUGCUCCGGGAUGACAGCGGCUCCUCCAGCAGCUCCUCCUCCGACAACGAGAUUGCUGCAUACGCCCGAGCCAAGUCUCUGCCGCCCUCCCCUGUGACCCACUCUCCACUUCUGCACCCCAGAGGUUUCCUAAGGCCCUCAGCCAGCCUGCCUGAAGAGGCUGAGGUCUGCGUGGCCCCCAAAGUGCCCUUUCUGUCUGCAGAGGGCCAAGUUGUGGCUUCUGGGGUCCAGGGUGAGGUGCCAGCAGUUAGUUCAGGCUUCGUACCCCGCCAAAGUGUCAUCCGGAGCCUGUUCUACCAGCAGGCUGGGGAAAGCGCGGAACGCAAGUGCACAGCCUCAGCCCUGAGCAGCAGAAAGCACCUGGCACGGGCCCGGAGGCACCUGCUGAAGGGCGGGUACAUUGCAAAGUCCCUACCCGGCCUGCGAGAGCCCCUCCUGGAGCACCGUGUACUAGAGGAGGAGGCGGCCAUGGAGGAACAGGCGGACCUCAUGGCCAAAGCACCUUCCUUUGAGACGGCCCUGAGGCUGCCUGGCUCCAUAGCCCAUGUGGCCCCUGGUCGCAGCCACUCCCUAGAUCACGACCCGCUGCGAACCACCAGUGCCUUCCCUGAGGAGCUGGAGAAGUCACCUGAGGACUGCUUUGAGGGGCAGUGUCCCCAUCCAGCAUCCUGGGGACUCAGGGUGGCCUCUGAGGACAGCUCUGGGCAGGGCCCAAGUCCCUGUCUGCUCAGUGAGCCCACACCACCAGCUACUCUACACACUGGGACCUGGACCCUAGGUACCAUGUUCCCUGCCCAGACAGCCCCAGGCAUGGCCCCAAGCACUGAAAAGGGGUCCCUGCAGGGGUCCAAACCAUUUCCAUCCACAGAUGAUGACACAAGUCCAAGAGACAGCUCUCAGAAGCAGUCCACCCCUUCUUCUCACCUUGACUGGGGAUCUGCUCCCCAGGAGGGCUGUGGACCCCCAAUGACUGCUACGCCACAACAGCAAGGCUCCUUUCCUCCAGGAUCUCACACAGAGGGACUCCGGGUAUCUGGAAGCUCCUUCCUCAUAGGAGAGCCCCAGGCCUCCACCUCACCAGCCCAAGCAAGCUCCUUGCCAAGCUCUAAGCAGGGAGCAGACCCCAGCCCCUCGUGUUCUUUAGGACGGGAUCUGUCCCCUCAAGAGGCUGUGCCACAAUCCCCAGUGGACACGGAGUCUGUGGCCUCUCUGGAUACUGAGGACGUGUCCCCAGAGACCUCUCAGCAGCGGCCUCAGGAGCAGGCGACCACUCAGAAGUUCUCCUUGGGGUCCCGUGGGGGUUAUGCAGGGGUGGCGGGCUAUGGCACCUUCGCCUUUGGGGGGGAUGCAGGGGGCAUGCUAGGGCAGGGACCCCUGUGGGCCAAGCUGACCUGGGCCCAGUCUCAGUCCUCAGAGGAGCAAGAAGAAGGGGUGGCUGAGAGCCCACUGCCUCCUGCUAGUGUAGCCCCAGUGCCUGAAGGUAGUAGGCCUUCCCACAAGGGCUCCCCGGAGUUUACCUCAUGGGAAGACUUCGGCCAGGGCUCUCAGGUCUCCCUGGUGCAGAUCCAGGACCUCUCAGGUGACGCAGAGGCAGCCGAUACCCUGUCCCUGGACAUCUCUGAGAUAGAGCCAGCCUACCUCAACCUCUCCAACCUCUAUGACAUCAAGUAUCUCCCAUUCGAGUUCAUGAUCUUCAGGAAGGUCCCGAAGCCGCCCGUGGAGCAGACGCCACCCUCCACUCCAACCGAAUCCUAUGAGGAGCUGGCAGAGCUCCCGGAGGUGGCGUGGCCCUGGCUGAGCGAGAUAAGCCCCUCUGCCAGCCUUACUCCCCACCCUCGAGCUAGCCUGCAAAUCACAGAGGAGGAGCCAGAGAGCAUGGAGGCCCUGCUGGGGGAGGCUAUCCUAGGUCGGAAGCGGAAGGCAUCACCCUCCUCAAGAGGCCUCUUCCAGCUCUCUGGGGGGUGCCUGCCGCUGGAGGAACCCGUGGAGCAGAGUCUGCGCAAGAGGGUGAAGGCCUCGGUGGCCCACAUCUCCAGGAUCCUGACAGGCCGGCCUGAAGAUCCAGAGAAGGACAGCCUUUCCAGGAAGAAGGCAGGCCUGGCUUCCUUCCGGCUAAAGAGUAAGGACAGAGCCCCAUCGUUCCUAAAGGAGCUCUCAGAUGAGACAGUGGUCCUGGGCCAGUCUGUGACACUGGCCUGUCAAGUGUCAGCCCAGCCUGUUGCACAGGCCACCUGGAGUAAAGAUGGGGUACUCCUGGAGAGCAGUGGCCGACUUCUCAUAUCCUCCACUCUGAAGCACUUCCAGCUUUUGACCAUCCUGGUGGUAACUGCUGAGGACCUAGGCAUGUAUACCUGCAGCGUGAGCAAUGCUCUAGGCACCGCAGCCACCACGGGGGUGCUCCAGAGGGCAGAGAUUCCCUCAUCCUCUCCGCGCCCUGAUAUUGGGGAAGUCCAUUCAGACGGGGUGCUGCUGGUCUGGAAGCCUGUGGAGGCAUGCGGCCCUGUGACCUAUAUUGUACAGUGCUCCCUGGAAGGUGGAAGCUGGAGCACUCUGGCCUCCGACAUCUUUGACUGCUGCUACCUAACCAGCAAGCUCCCACGGGCCGGCACCUAUACCUUCCGGACAGCCUGUGUAAGCAAGGCAGGCAUGGGUCCCUACAGCAGCCCCUCGGAGCAGGUCCUCCUAGGAGGGCCCAGCCACGCAGCCUCAGAGGCAGAAAGUGGCUACGCCUUGCCAGCCCAGCCCCUCUCAAGCACGCAGACCUUCGCCUUCCAGACACACAUCCGGAGGGGCCGCUUCAGCGUGGUGCGGCAGUGCCGGGAGAAGGCCAGUGGGCGGGUGCUGGCAGCCAAGAUCAUUCCCUACCGCGUGGAGGACAAGACAGCAGUGCUGGGUGAAUACGAGGCCCUCAAGAGCCUGCGUCACCCACACUUGGUCCAGCUGCAUGGCGCCUACCUCAGCCCACGGCACUUGGUGCUCAUCCUGGAGCUGUGUUCUGGACCAGAGCUGCUCCCCUGUGUGGCAGAGAGGACUUCCUACUCUGAAUCAGAGGUGAAGGACUACCUGUGGCAGAUGCUGAGUGCUGCCCAGUACUUGCAUUCCCAGCGCAUCCUGCACCUGGACCUCAGGUCUGAGAACUUGAUCGUCACUGAGUACAACCUGCUUAAGGUUCUGGACUUUGGCAACGCCCAGAGCCUCACUCAGGAGAAGGUCUUGCCAUCAGAGAAGUUCAAGGAUUACAUGGAGACCAUGGAGCUUCUGGAGGGCCAGGGUGCUGUCCCACAGACCGACAUCUGGGCCAUCGGAGUGACGGCCUUCAUCAUGCUGAGCGCCGAGUACCCUGUGAGCAACGAGGGGGCACGUGACCUGCAGAAAAACCUGCGCAAGGGGCUCAUUCGGCUGAGCCGCUGCUACCCUGGGCUGUCAGGGGGCGCUGUGGCCUUCCUUCGGAGCACGCUGUGCGCCCACCCCUGGGGCCGGCCCUGCGCGUCCAGCUGCUUGCAGUGUCCAUGGCUGACAGAGGAGGGCCCUGCGGGUUCCAGGCCCGCAGCUGUGACCUUCCCCACCGCGCGCUUGCGCGCCUUUGUGCGCGAGCGUGAGAAGAAGCGGGCGCUACUGUACAAGAAGCAUAACCUGGCGCAGGUGCACUGA